AUGAUGCUCUGUGAUCUCUCUUCUGACCGCGAGGCCACCGGAUCCAGCUCCCAUGGUGGAGUUGGAGACUUCGGCUUCAGCAGCCAUGUCCUGCUCAGCCCUCUCUUCGCGCCGGCGGCGACGCCGACGCCGACGCUGCUACCCAGGCCUCCGCUGCCGAUGCUGCUGGAGGAGCCCGCCAGAGCCAAGAGGAAGAGGAGCCAGCCCGGCAACCCAGGUGAUCGCGCUGUCGCCGCGGACGCUGGUGGCGACGAACCGCUUCGUGUGCGAGAUCGCGUGUACGUCUGCCCCGAGCCCACCUGCGUCCACCACGACCCGGCCAGGGCGCUGGGCGACCUCACGGGCAUCAAGAAGCACUUCUCCCGGAAGCACGGCGAGAAGCGGUGGAAGUGCGAGCGGUGCGCCAAGCGCUACGCCGUGCACUCGGACUGGAAGGCGCACGUCAAGAACUGCGGCACCCGCGAGUACCGCUGCGACUGCGGCAUCCUCUUCUCCAGGAAGGACAGCCUGCUGACCCACAGGGCCUUCUGCGACGCCCUAGCCGAGGAGAGUGCAAGGCUCAUCGCAGCUGCAAACAACAUCAUCCCCACUACCACCACCUGCAACAACAACGGCAACAACAACAGCGGCAGCAGCAGCAACGACAUCAACAAUAUGCUCAUGCCAAGCAACAGCUCACCACUCUUUCUCCCUUUCUCAAGCCCCCCUCACGCUCAAAACCCUAACCCCCUCAUGUUUCUCUCCCAAGAGCCUCACCACCAACACCACCAGGUGCUCCCUCCGUUCCAGCCCCUGACAUACCUUGAUGACCUGCCUAUGACUACCGGCAGCAGUUCGACCGUCAGCACCGACACGGUCAGCUUCAGACUUACUCCAGAAGGCUCGGUGACUAUGCACGCCGGUGGCCGACACCUCACCAGGGACUUCCUAGGCGUCGACAACGCCGGGGAGGUCGAGGAGCUGCAGAUGUCGGUGCCACUGGUACGUCGAUCCUAUCUGGACUAUGCGUUGAUCGAUCCAACCUAUGUUUUCAUACUUUUUUUUCUCGAUUGCAGCUCAUUUAAUUCCACUAGCGCUUUUAGGGUUGAUAAAGAACAACAAUGCUUGCUGGGCGUGUAUGGCGAGCUUGUCUGGUUCCUGGUGGCGGCCCGUCUGGCCGUGUCUCCGAUGGGGACCUCACCCUUCCUUACCUUGUACCUGCCGUGGUGGAGCGGUACUUCAUCUCACACAUUGAUGGCGGCGGAGAUCGGCAGCAUUGGCGCUGUGGAGGCUCGGCGUCCGAUGCGCGGAGAUGGACUCGCGCAGGAGGAGGUAGCUGGCUGGCGUCAUGGUGACGUCGAUGGCAGAGUGGCCAGACAAGAUAGAAGCCUCAAUAUAAUCUGA